GUCGUGGAUAGCAUGAACGAGCAUAUUGCAUAUACUAGUUUAGCCAAAUAAGAAGGAUUUGGAAGGGCCAAGUGAGCAGAGAGCAGCUAUGACGAAACCCCCAAACAACUGCCACUACACUGGCGGUGUGUGGUGGCCGGCCCUCGUGGCCGCCGCCGUGAAACUCCUCCUCAUUCCCGCCUACCACAGCACUGAUUUCGAGGUUCACCGCCACUGGCUCGCCCUCACUCAUUCCCUCCCACUCUCCCGCUGGUACUCCGACUCCACCAGCCAGUGGACCCUCGAUUACCCUCCUUUCUUCGCCUACUUCGAGAAAUUCCUCUCCAUCUUCGCCGCCAGGGUGGAUCCCCUUAUGACCGACCUCUACCGCGGCCUCGAUUACGCCUCCUCCCGCGCGAUCCUCUUCCAGCGCCUCUCCGUCGCGCUCUCCGACGUCCUUCUUGUCUACUCCGCCUAUAGAUUGACUAAGAAGAGGAAUUUUAGGGAUUUAGAGAGGCUCUUGAUUUGCGCGUUGGUUAUUUGGGCGCCGGGGUUGUUUCUGGUGGAUCAUAUGCAUUUCCAGUACAAUGGGUUUCUGUUGGGGAUGUUGCUGCUGUCUAUUUCGUUUUUGGAGGAAGGGAGGGAUUUGAUGGGAGGUUUCAUUUUCGCUGUUUUGCUCUGUUUUAAGCACUUGUUUGCGGUGGCUGCGCCGGUGUAUUUUGUGUAUUUGUUUAGGCAUUAUUGUCGGGGUGGAUUUCUCAAAGGAUUUGCCAGGUUGGUGCUUAUGGGUUGCGUGGUCUUGGCGGUCUUUGCUGCAGCCUACUUGCCGUUUUGGCACUAUGGGCAGAUACGAGAAGUUCUCCAACGCAUGUUUCCUUUUGGCAGGGGACUCUGCCAUGCUUACUGGGCUCCAAACUUCUGGGUGUUCUAUAUAAUGUUGGAUAAGGUUUUAGGAUUUUUGCUAAUGCGACUAGGUUUCAAUGUCCAAGCCCCAAAAGCCUCAUUCACUGGUGGUCUUGUCGGAGAUUCCUCGCCUUUCUCUGUACUACCCACGAUCACACCUUUUAUAACGUUCAUCACAGUUCUCUUGGCAGUAUCACCAUGUUUGAUAAAGGCAUGGAGGAAUCCCCAACCAAGGAUGGUCUCUAGAUGGGUAUCAUAUGCCUAUACAUGUGGAUUCCUGUUUGGGUGGCAUGUCCAUGAAAAGGCGUCACUUCACUUUGUGAUUCCACUUGCUUUGACAUCCUUGAAAAGCGUUGAGGAUGCUAAGCAUUACUUCUUUUUGUCCAUAGUAUCUUGCUACUCGCUGUUCCCUCUUCUGUUUGAAGCACAAGAAUAUCCUAUUAAAGUCGUGUUGCUGCUUCUACAUGCUGUUCUGAUGCUGUUCGGAUUUUCUGCAUUUUUCCCCAAGCCAAGCACUACAAGAGACGCAGCAGUAGUCAAGGGAAGAGAUAACAAUUCGGAAAGUCAUGCUUUCCGUAUUGGGUGGUUGGGAAAAUCGUACCUUGUUGGCUUAGUAGUGGUGGAGAUAUGGGGGCAAUUUCUGCAUCCUAUCAUUUUUGGUGAUGCCCUUCCUUUUCUACCUCUUAUGAUGAUUUCUAUAUACUGCGCGCUUGGGAUGUUGUACUCUUGGAUUUGGCAACUAACACAGAUCGUUUUGACCAAUUAAUUGAGGGCACAAACUUGUGUGCAUCAGGAUGUACGAUGCACUGGUCCUAGUUAAACCUAAUUAAGGUUCAUUAAUCCCAAAUUAGGAUCUAUCAAUCACGAUUAGGAUUUGAUUAGGACCGGUGCCACUCGAUUGAGUUGGGAUCAUCUCAACUCUCAUAGCUAACAAAUAACCAAGAUUAUGUUGUUGUGGGAGCACUUUUGUUCAGCUUACUAGGAACUUUAUGUUUCAGUGGACCUCAAUUGUUGAGAUACACAUCUCGUUGCCUGUGCUUUUGAAAGAUUCUAAAUGUACAACACUUUUUCCACUUUUAUUAUAUUCUACUUCCUUAUUUUGAUGAA